AUGGCCGCUAAGUUGUUCUUCGUCCUCGCUCUGGCCGCAGUCGCCUCAGCCCUCCCCGUGGUGCCGGUCGCCAAAUACGCGUACGCCGAGCCCGAAGCACCCGCCCACUACGAGUUCCAGUACUCUGUGCACGACGAGCACAGCGGGGACGUGAAGCAGCAGCAGGAGUCCCGUGAGGGAGACGUCGUCCACGGAUCAUACUCGCUGGUGCAACCUGACGGAGUCCACCGCAUUGUAGAGUACAGCUCUGACGCACACAACGGUUUCAACGCCAACGUACGUUACGAAGGACAACCCAUCCAGGCCCCAGUCCCCGCUAAGAUCGCCUAUGCUGCUCCCGUCGCCAAGCUCGUCCACGCCGCCCCUGUCGCCAGAGUAGCCUACUCCGCCCCUAUCUCCUACGCCGCCCCCGUCGCUAAAGUAGCAUACGCUGCUCCCGUAGCUAAGUUGUUCUUCGUCCUCGCUCUGGCCGCAGUCGCCUCAGCCCUCCCCGUGGUGCCGGUCGCCAAAUACGCGUACGCCGAGCCCGAAGCACCCGCCCACUACGAGUUCCAGUACUCUGUGCACGACGAGCACAGCGGGGACGUGAAGCAGCAGCAGGAGUCCCGUGAGGGAGACGUCGUCCACGGAUCAUACUCGCUGGUGCAACCUGACGGAGUCCACCGCAUUGUAGAGUACAGCUCUGACGCACACAACGGUUUCAACGCCAACGUACGUUACGAAGGACAACCCAUCCAGGCCCCAGUCCCCGCUAAGAUCGCCUAUGCUGCUCCCGUCGCCAAGCUCGUCCACGCCGCCCCUGUCGCCAGAGUAGCCUACUCCGCCCCUAUCUCCUACGCCGCCCCCGUCGCUAAAGUAGCAUACGCUGCUCCCGUAGCUAAGGUAGCUUACUCAGCUCCCGUCUCCUACGCUGCUCCUCUCGCCCACGUCUCAUACUCUUCUCCCGCCAUCUCCUACCACCACUAA